AUGAGCGAUUCGAAGUCACUUGAUACGAGCUACAGUGAUUCUUCGCUCUAUAGCGUUUCGGGUGCUGAGUCAAGCGAAUCCGCAUCGCAGAACGCAGAUAGUGAAAUAUUAUCUAGUAGCGAAUCAGAGCGCUCUAGCGAUUUUAAUGAUGAUGUUAAAUCAAGUGAGUCUGAGUCUACAUAUUCUAGUGGUGGAUCUUUGGUGUCUGAAACAGACGAAACCGAUCAGAAUAUUAAUGAAUUCGAAACAGCUGAAACUUCAGAGAGUGAUACUGACGAAUCUUCAAUAUAUGAAAGCUGGGAGUCGUCAGAGUCUAACACUUCGGAAUUUUCAGCGUCUGAAAGUGAUGAAACUUCAGAGUCUAAGACUGACGAAUCAUCAGAUUCUGAAUUUUGGAAAUCUUCAGACUUCGAAAGCGAUGAAAGCUCACAGUUCUCAACUGAUGAAUCCUUGGAGUCUGAAUCUGAAAUCUCGCUUUCUUCAGAUUCCGAAACUGACGAAACUUCACAGCACGAAAGUUACGAAUGUUCUGAGUCUGAAUCAGAAACUCGAACAUCUUCCGAAUCAGAAAUUGACGAAACAUCAGAGUGCAAGUCUGAAACGUCUUCAGAAUCAGAAUGUGAAGAGUCACACGAGUUUUCAUCUUUAUUAAAAACCGACGAACCACGCUCUACUAGCAUCAAAACCACUAAAAUUUUUACUACAAUCACGCCAACCACUUCAACAUUCUUGCAAUCCGAGCCAACAAGUAUACCCACUACUUCUUCGCGAGGAACUGCUUCAACGUCCAAUGCUGACGCUUCGCAGCGUACGACCGAUAAGUCCACAACAUUAGCUGAUAUAACAAGUAUUUCCACCACUUCCGAUGCCAUUGCAACCACCUUAACAAUUGUGAGAACCGAUUCAACCAGUAUUCCUACCACUUCUUCCGAAAAAACUGCAUCAACAUCAAAUGCUGAAGCUUCGCACCAUACCACUGAUAGUUCUACAAAAGUAUCUGAUAUAACUGACUUUUCAACCACAACCGAUGCCACCGCAACCACCUCAACAAUUGUGGGAACCGAUUCAACCAGUAUUCUCACCACUUCUUCCGAAAAAACUGCAUCAACAUCAAAUGCUGAAGCUUCGCACCAUACCACUGAUAGUUCUACAAAAGUAUCUGAUAUAACUGACUUUUCAACCACAACCGAUGCCAUCGCAACCACCUCAACAAUUGUGGGAACCGAUUCAACCAGUAUUCUCACCACUUCUUCCGAAAAAACUGCAUCAACAUCAAAUGCUGAAGCUUCGCACCAUACCACUGAUAGUUCUACAAAAGCAUCUGAUAUAACUGACUUUUCAACCACAACCGAUGCCACCGCAACCACCUCAACAAUUGUGGGAACCGAUUCAACCAUUCUACAAAAGCAUCUGGUAUAA